UGCUUGAGUGGAGGCGGCCGCUUUCUCAAUGGAACCCCUUCACCCCUUCCCGCUCUCUCCAAACCCUUAUUUUUUAUUCUACUUCAUCCAUUUUAUUCUUCUCACCUCCCACCCUUUUAAUUCCUUAUUUCCCCAAUAUCCUCCCCGUCCUCCUUCCCUCGACCAUCAUCAACAUCAAUCCUCUCAAUCGGCGUGCUCUCCAUCUCCCAACAAAACCUCGGCCAGCAGUCGUCUGACUCGCAGCGCCAACGCCGACCGGGCCCGAAGCCUUCCUCUUCCCCUCUCACCCCAGCCGGAGAUCAUAGGCUACGGACUUCGCCCUCCACCUCCGCACCCUCGCACCCUGUCAUCCUCCUCCGCACCCUGUCAUCCUCCCCCACUACUAUCCUGCCCGCCUCCAGAUCUCCGCACUCCGACUCGCUGUACCGCGCCUUUUGCCUGGCCUCCAGGGCCUAUUACGUCUCCCGCCUUGCUUCAGUUCCACUCCACUACUCCCCUCUGUCCGACGACAGACGACUGCCAUUCGGCCACUACUCCACUGUGAAACAAAGAGUACAGCCUGCGAAAGGCCGUACUUGAGAGCGACGACCCCGCCAUCAUGGCCUUACCAAGAGUCUCUGCGUCUGGUGCUUGUAACCGCUUCACCACCUUAUCUCGUUCCUUCUCUUCCUCCUCUACAACUUCGGCUUUGACUAGAUUCGGCCUGGAGACUGUGUUACUUGGAAAACAACAUCCUCCCAUCCGCUCCUCAUCCCUUACCUACCGCACAAUGUCCACCUCCCCAAGGCUGCGAAGCCUCAACAUCGACAACAUAAAUCCCCACGUCCGCAAAGCCGAAUACGCCGUCCGCGGUGAGCUCGCCGUAAAGUCGGAAGAAUACCGCGCACAGCUCGCCAGCGGAAAAGGCAGCGACCUCCCCUUCGACGAUGUCAUCUCAGCCAACAUCGGUAACCCACAACAACUCGACCAGAAGCCCAUCACCUUCUUCCGCCAGGUGCUGAGUCUCCUCGAGUACCCCCCACUACUGGAGAAGGAGGACGUCCUUCUGAACCAGCUCGGCUACAAGAAGGAUGUCAUCGAGCGCGCAAAGUGGCUGCUCGAGCAAGUCGGGAGCGUUGGUGCAUACAGCGCCAGCACCGGUCCCCAGGGGAUAAAAGAGAGCAUCGCCAAGUUCAUCGAGAAACGUGACGGCCACCCCGCAGACCCCUCCUCCAUCUACCUCAGCGCCGGCGCCUCCUCCGGCGUCAACACGCUCCUUCACAUCAUCUGCGCGGGCCCCAAAACCGGCAUCCUAGUUCCCAUCCCCCAAUACCCCCUCUACACCGCAACCCUCUCCCUCCUCGACGCCACCUGCGUCCCCUACUACCUCGACGAAGCCAACGCCUGGUCCACCUCCGCCGAGAGCAUCACCUCCGCCCUCACCACCGCAAAGGAAGCCGGAACAGACGUCCGCGCCAUCGCCAUCAUCAACCCCGGCAACCCCACAGGCGCGUCGCUGUCCUACAAGGACAUCGAGUCCGUGAUCGACCUCGCCGCCUCCGAGCACCUCGUCAUCCUCGCCGACGAGGUCUACCAAACCAACGUCUUCAUUGGCAAGUUCCACAGCUUCAAAGCCGUGCUGAGGGAUAUGCAGAAGAAGAACCCAGGGAAGUACGACACCGUCGAGCUGGUCAGUUUGCACUCCGUAUCCAAGGGCAUUGUAGGAGAAUGCGGACACCGCGGGGGGUACUUCGAGCUCUGCGGCUUCGACCCAGAAGUCGUGGCGCAGAUCUACAAGUUCGUCAGCAUCUCCCUCUGCGCCCCCGUCAUCGGCCAGUGCCUCGUGGAGUUAAUGGUCAACCCCCCCACCGAAGGCGAGCCAUCCUACGACCUCUACAAAUCCGAGCGCGACGGCAUCUUCGCCGGCCUCCAAUCCCGCGCCACAGCACUACACAAGGCAUUCCAGGCCAUGGAAGGCGUAGAGUGCGGCCCUCCCCAAGGGUCAAUGUACCUCUUCCCCUCCAUCACCUUACCGCAGAAGGCGAUCGAGGCAGCGAAGGCGGAUGGGAAGACGCCCGAUGCGUUUUAUGCGAUGAAGAUGCUGGAGGCGACGGGGGUGUGUGUUGUUCCCGGUGCGGGGUUUGGGCAGAAGGAGGGGACGCUGCAUUUUAGGACUACGUUUUUGGCGCCGGGGACGAGCUGGGUGGAGGGGGUGGCGAGGUUUCAUGAGGGGUUUAUGGGGGAGUAUAGGUAGAGUGAUUGAGUUGGAUAGGGAAAGUUGUUGUGAGAGGUGGCGUGGUGAUGAUGUAGUAAGAUCGGAAUAGACUGGGUGGAUAGACUUGGAACCGCAUCUCAAUCAUAAAUUCGAUAAAUUCGUAU